CCAUCUCGUUCUUGAAUCUUGACACAGCCGGCCGGUUGCACGUAAUGCAAAUUGCAAAAAUUUUAUAUUUAUGAUGUUAUUUUUAGUGAAUGGAACAUGAAUUUAAAGUUGCUAAACUCCAUGAUGUUCCACAUUUCAUUGAAGAAACAGCUCAACUUAUUAAUUCUGAAUGGCCAAGAUCCCUUAAAGCAAGAUGUGAUGUAAUUGGUCAGUCAUCAGAUCAUCUACCUUGUUCAUUCAUUCUACUAAAAGUCUCUGCAGAUGGCAAUGAGCAAACAGUAGUUGGAUUCAGCCGUCUCUUCAAAGUUUUGCACAAAUCAAAGUCGUGUUUAGUUGAAUCAGUUAUUGUUGACAAAAGCCUAAGAGGAUGUGGAUUAGGAAGGAUGAUAAUGAAAUAUACUGAAGAAUUUGCCACAAAGUAUGGGUAUGAAAUUAUGCAUCUAUCAACACACGACAAACAAUCAUUCUAUGAACAUCUUGGUUACUCCUUAUCAACGCCUGUAUCUGCUGAAAGUAAAGUUUCACGAUUUUUCCCGAAAUCAAAGAUUGAAGAUAAGUGCAAUUUCAUUACAGAGAAAGAUAGCCUGAUAAAAUGUGCAAAUGAAUUAAAUACAACAGACGUAGUAAAGCUUUGUCCAUCUGUUUCACCUCAAAACACACUAUCAUCAACCUUGUCACUAUCAUCACCUAUACCAAAACCACCACCACCACCACCACUGGCAAUCUCAUGUAAACCUUCAACUCAAGGUGCAAAUAUGGGGUCAUUAGCUGCAAAGAAUAUUGAAAAGGGGAGCAAAGUGAUUAUAUGGAUGGAAAAAAACCUUUCCUAUUAAUCCAUCAUUAAGUUCACUUGCCCUAAAGAUCGGGGAUUCCUUUGUAGUGCGCGAAAUGUAUGUUGAUCGGAAAAUAAUAUAAUGACUAUAAUGGAUAGCAAUCUUUUGAACCUGGCCUUAACUUAGCUAUGUUUACACUACUGUAUAUUAAAUGAUUUCGUGAUUCUAUCUCAAGGCAUAUUUUUAAAAACAUUGGUUAAAAAAUUUAUGU